AGCUCCAAAAACCCAUUAAGCAUCAUCAAUGGCGCCUAAAACCCUCUCAUCCUUCCUCUGUCCUUUCACUCUCCCCUACACCCUCACAAUCCCCACUACCAAAAUUCUCACUCUUCACUCGAAACCCACUCUCAUACUCUGCACAUAUUCUCACCGGCAAAAUACCCACCGGAAAUCAUCCGUUUCCGAGACCCAGUACCCGAAUUCUCCGCCCGAACCCGCCGGCACCGGAGCCGCCGCGCCGACCCCCGGCGAUCGGUUUUUGGAGCGGCACCGUUCAGUUGAAGCUGCGAAGGUGUUGCUCAAGGAGAAAAAGAAGAAGAAGAAGGAGAAGCCCAAGGUUACGACGACCGUCCCUUGCUGUUAUGGAUGCGGAGCUCCGUUGCAGACUUCGGAGCCGGAUGCUCCGGGUUAUUCGGACCCUGAGACGUACGCAUUGAAGAAGAAGCACCACCAGCUUAGAAGCGUUAUAUGUGGAAGGUGCAAGCUUCUUUCUCAUGGGCACAUGAUAACUGCUGUUGGUGGAAAUGGGGGAUAUUCUGGCGGGAAACAGUUCAUCAUGGCUGAAGAGCUUCGGGAGAAGUUGUCCCACUUGCGCCACGAGAAAGCGUUGAUAGUUAAAUUGGUUGAUAUUGUGGAUUUCAAUGGUAGCUUUUUAGCUCGUGUGCGUGAUUUGGCCGGUGCAAAUCCUAUCAUAUUAGUGGUUACUAAGGUUGACUUACUCCCAAAAGGAACUGAUUUCAAUUGUAUUGGUGAUUGGGUUAUAGAGGCCACUGCAAAGAAGAAGCUUAAUGUUUUAAGUGUUCAUCUGAUGAGUGCGAAAUCUUUGGUUGGAGUAGCCGGAGUUGCAUCAGAGAUUCAAAAGGAGAAGAAGGGGCGCGACGUUUAUGUUAUGGGCUCAGCAAAUGUUGGGAAAUCAGCGUUCAUCAGUGCUUUUCUGAAAAUGAUGGCAGACAAGGAUCCAGUUGCUGCAUCGGCGCAAAAAUACAAACCAAUACAAUCUGCAGUUCCGGGAACUACCUUGGGUCCAAUUCAAAUUAAUGCUUUCCUAGGAGGAGAGAAAUUAUACGACACUCCAGGAGUUCAUCUCCACCAUAGGCAAGCAGCUGUGGUUCAUUCAAAUGAUCUGCCUGCCCUUGCUCCUCAAAGUCGGCUUAGGGGUCAAUCUUUUCCGUCUCAGGUUUCCUCUGGAAAUGGAACAGGGGAGAAGGACAAUUCCAAUGGUUUGAAUGGCUAUUCAAUAUUCUGGGGAGGCCUUGUCAGAGUAGAUAUCUUGAAGGCUCUCCCUGAAACACGAUUGACGUUUUACGGGCCAAAGAGUCUUCAGAUUCAUAUGGUACCUACUGAUACGGCAGAUGAGUUUUACCAGAAAGAAGUUGGAGUUCUAUUAACACCUCCAACUGGAAAACAAAGAGCAGAUGAAUGGAGAGGGCUCGAAACUGAGCGCCAGUUGCAAAUAAAAGUUGAAGAUGUAGAAAGGCCGGCUUGUGAUGUGGCUAUAUCAGGGUUAGGAUGGAUUACUGUUGAACCUGUAAGCCGAGUAUUGACAAGUUCUGAUACCAGUGCCAAGGGAGCUGCCGGAGAAGUGCACUUGGUUGUCCACGUCCCCAAGCCAGUCGAAAUAUUUGUUCGGUCCCCAUUGCCCGUGGGUAAGUCUGGUGCAGAGUGGUAUCAAUAUAGGGAAUUGACAGAGAAGGAAGAGGAAGACAGACCAAAAUUGCAUUUUUGAGGAUUGGUAAUUUUUCAUGUCCAAGACAUUUACAUGCACGAAGAAUUCAGUUGUUGUAAGAAAAGAACAAAGGUGAAUUUUUAUAUCGUUGUAACAAAUUGGUGAGAAUUGUUAAUACCAACAUAUCGAAACGUUUUAUGUUCUUUUGAAUUAUUAAUACAAAUGCAUCGUCGUUACGUUGAACAAUA